GCAGAGACGCGCCCGAGAGAGACAGAGAUAGGGCAGACCCGAUCGGAUGACACAACGCACGACACUCGCGCCACAUAGCACGGGCCACGAAGGUGAGUCGGCACAGGUACUUGCGGACAUGGACUUUCGCGGGCGCUGGGGCCUGGGCGAGGCUGACGAAUGACGCUUCCACGCUGCUGCGCAAUCAAGUCGUGUUCGCAGUAGCAAGACAGCAACUGGGACAUUCACCGAUUACGGACGGCUUAUGCGAUGCAAACAGAGCAGCGGGCCCUGCCUAGCUCGGCCCUUAAAUUGGACGAUUUGAUCGGCUCAGCAGCAGCGGCGACGGCGGCGGCUGUGGCACCAGCUACGGCGGCUUUAAGGCCCAUCGACACGCAUACAAGCUGUGCAGUGGCAACAUGCUCUCAUACCAAGGCGCAGCAUGUCGCUCGGCAGGCCGAAAAUACAUCGGCGCCAGAGCAAGCAGCUGGCCAGCAGCAAGUGGAGGAGGAAGAGAUCAUCUCGCCCUUAUUCGAUCCUUCCGGCUUGAGCUCUUCCAUCUCCUCGGGCGACACACGGGCCCGAGGCAAUAGUGGCAGCAGCAUCAGCAGCAGCGUGGGCAACACAGUUGGAUGGGGCUCCUUAGACCUGAAUUCAGUCACGGCCAAAAGGCUCGGCAUUGCAUCGCCCUACGCGACCUCGCCCACGCGCCGCCCACUCACGAUCCAUGAAGCAGGAGAUGUAAUGGGGACGGAAAAGAACCAGGAGGAGCAGUGCCAAGCGAUCGACCAUCGUAGAGGUCGCCGGCGACGCAGCUCCGUCAUCUUGGGCGCGUCGCUGCCUAGUGCGCAGCAGCAGCAGCAGUCACUGCAGCCACUGCAGCAGGAGGAUGCUGAAGCCGGCAUGUGGUGGGCGCGUCGUGACCCAGCGGUGCAGCAGCAGACGGCCCUUUCUUCGAUCACUCCAGCGGGAGGCAGCCCGGCCGCAGGUGCAGGCGUUAUCACGAGCACGGCAACCGCCAGCGCAGGAGGCAGUAGCUCCGAGCGGACCAUUUCGCCCGCUGCAGAGUUCCUUUCCGCCUUCUCACGCGUCUACUCGGUGGUCGGGUCACCCACCAGCGACCGGUCGCUCGCCUCCUCCGCCAUCGCCGAAUCACCUCCUUCGAUGCUUGUAGCAGCGGCAGCUCCAGUGACGGUGUCGCCGUCGCGGCGAGAGAGCCAACCGUCCGCAGGCACGAUGCCCAGCUCCGCAGCCGCAGCCGCACCCGCUCCGGGUGCGGCUGCGGGUGCAGGAGCUGGGUAUCAGGGCUUUGGCACUGUGGGCAGCGAGCUACUCAACAGCCGCCGGACCGUGAACGCGAACAUACGCACGCGAAACGUCGCGCUCUCCCAGUCGCCAACGCCCUUAUCCGCCAGCAAGGGUGGCACACAUCGGCGCGUGUACAGCUCCAACCUUGAGUUGCUUGCCAGUGCUGGUACUUACGACGUGGGUGCAGUUUCAGACAUCGGAGCUGGAGCAAGCGUGCGGACCGCGCCCUCGUUCAAGCCGCGCUCGGCGCUGUCCCUCUCGCCGACACUGCAGCAGCGCUUCGCCGUCGCCCAUGCGCUUGGCCUCGGAUCCGGCAAUGGCCAAUCCAACAGCUAUGGCCCGUACUCACAGGAGCGUGAGAGAGGGCGGACAUUCAACGGAAUGCCGAACGCGAGCCUUGCGCCGCACGCUUAUUCGUCCUCUUCUACGCCUUGGACGCAGAUGCCCGACGACGAGGGUGCGCGAGUCGGGCCCGGAGGCAGGUACCUGCUUGGCAAGGUGUUUGCGUUCGGCGGCUUCUCGACGGUCAGAGAGGCUUUUGACCUCCAGGACGAGACGGAGGAUCGUACACGCGCGCAGGGCUCGCACCCGCAAUGGCAGCCUGCCCAGGAGGAAGCGCGCGAUGGGCCGACGGCGCCUGAUGGUGAGGGCGAGAGCAUGGCUGUCGCACCACCAGUAGAAGCAUCAGCGCCGCGCCGCCGUGUCGCCGUCAAGCUUAUCUACUCUGACUCGUCGUCGAAUUUCGGCAUCGGCGGGACGAGUAAACACGCCAAAGUCAUGGGUCUGGACAAAGGUCAGAUCCUCAAGGAGAUGGAGCUCUGGCGCGAUCUGCCAAUCCACAAGAACAUUCUGCCCCUCAUCUGGCACGAACGCAUCGUCUUGUCGCGAGGCGAACGGGAGGAAGAAGCAGAUGCCGAUACAGACGCGACGCGAUGCGUAUCGGGCCCGGCAGAAGCGACUGCUGUCGACCUGCUUGUUAUGCCGCUGUGCGAUCGCGGAUCGUUGCUCGAAUUCGUGCGCAGCGAGGGCAAGCCAGCCAUUGUUGGGCACAAAGCUGGCUUGGCCAUAUCGCGCACAGCAACGAUACAAUCUGCGACAGACAGCGACAAGUCUGGCCCCAUCACCAGCUCCUCCUCGCUCGCUCCAAUCGUGCAAGGCGAGGUCGCAGCGUCGUCUACACCGUCGUCGCUGCUGAAAGGAGGCGGCUUGCACCGCGCUGUAUCUCUCUCGACGCACCUGCCCUCGUCAUCCUCACGUGCGGGUCUUCCGCCUCUCAGCACCGGUACGAGCAGCCUGCAAGCGGUACUCGGCACAUCUAGUCUCGCAUCUACGCUCACCUCGCCCAUCGCGAGCGCUGGACCGUCUUCGGCAUCCGGCUCCCUGACGCAUACCGGCAGCUUCCGCCGUGCCAGUUCCCGCCAGUCAACCGUCCGCAGCCGUGGCGUGCCCAUCGUGACGGCUCGAAGUGUCAUGCGCCAGCUCGCGAGCGGCCUGCACGUACUGCAUGAAGUAGCGGGCGUGCUGCAUGCGGACCUCAAGCUGGAGAAUGUCCUCGGACACUCUAGAGUCCCUCGGAAGACUGACAACGGCGAUAGCCAGGGUCAGCUUGCGGGUGCGAGCGAUGAUACAGACGAUGUGCAAUGGCGUAUUGCGGACUUUGGCCUGGCUGUCCGGUGUGAAGUGGGAAUGGACGAUGCGGAUAGAGUUCGGGGCAAGGUGGUACCGCAAGGCGGCUCACUAGCCUACACAGCACCCGAGCUCCUGCGUGGCGAGACGCUAAAAGCUUCUGUUGAGGGUGGCGACGGGUGCGCCGGCAUGAACACGCCCUCACCUUUUGCGACCGACAUGUGGGCGGUUGGUUGCAUGCUAUAUGCGCUCGUCAGCGGUAAGCUGCCCUUCGCCGACCCCUUUGAGCCGCGCCUGCAGAACAAGAUCAUCAAGGCUGACUGGGACAUGCCGGUACGCCUUAAAAGACGCGGACAAGCCAGCGGCAUGCUCUCGUCGAGCAGCUCCAUGCUGCUUUCACAGAAGGAUCGCUCGCAGAGCUUUGUUGCUCCGCCGCACUCGCCGACCAACAGCCUCGGCCGCGCGCUGAGCUUGGGCAAUCGGUUCACCAGCACAAACCGGCACGUCUCUCAUGCAUUCCGUGGCAGCCGCUUUGGCGACUUCUCCGGUGCUGGUUUCAGUGUCGGCGCCGGUGACGACUCGAUCGAUCGAUCAUUCGACCUUAGCCAGUCGCUUUCCAGUCUCGCCCCGCAAGGCACGGCCACCAACGAUAUCUUUGUGGGUUCUGCGCCGGCGUCCAGCACAGCAAUAGAUCACGAGCCAAUCGACAGCGAUGAAGACGCAGAGUCCGAUAGCGAUGCUACCAUCGACCAGGCAUGGAAUGGUACUUCCAAGCAAAGGCUUCUCCUGAGAAAGGCGCUACGUGGCCUGCUGCAGCCGGAUCCUGCAAAACGCUGGGACGUACGCACGCUGCUGGAAUGCGAGUGGCUGAGGGGCGAGGGCGGUGACGAAGCUGUCGAGUGCGAGCCGGUCCAGCCGCUCGUCUUUGAGAAGCGCAAGCCAAUACAGGAGCGGGGUAGGAGCAGGGUGCCGUCGCAGACGCGCCAGUCGAGCCUCAGUCGCUCACGACCUGCCAAAGGGCGAAGCUCGACCGAAUCUGGCAUGCACUCUGCGCUCAGCACGCCGCCCGUAGCAGCGGAUGGCGAGCACCCUGCCGCACCGUCUGCAUGGGUGAGGGCUUCCAGUGUGGCGGCGACCGCUCGCAGCCGGAGCGUAGGCAGACGUCCGCCAUCGGCCGCUACUUCGGGCGACAUUAGCCCCCUGUCGCCGGAGUGGUCGCGCUUGAUCAUCGAGCAGACUAGACUCGGCAGCCCUGGGCCGGCGCAUGGCAGGCGGCCGCUUCGAGCUUCGACUAGUCGCGAGUCGCUACACUUUAAAGGCUUCCUGCCGAAGUCUGGCUCCAGCUCCCCGAUGCUCUCCAUGACGGACGUCGAGUCUCACCCUUCUUCCGCUGCCGCCGCCGCAGCUGCUGGACAACGUAAUGGUGGCAGCAGCCCGGUCGAGAUCCAACCUCGCUCACUGUCGCGAUCACGCGGGAGUCGAAGCGGUUCGGCUCAGCGCAUUGCUCAUGAGAACCUCCUUGCUGGCGGUGGCGGCGAAAGCUGGGCGGGCAGCCCCAUGACGACCGGAGUCGUCGUGCACCAUGAGCACAUCGCGCGACGCUCCACCUCGCGGAGUCGGACGCGUGCGCCGGACAUACUUGCCAGCAUCCUCGAUCACGAUCGGGCACACGGUGUCUACGCAUCCAUGCAUCACUAUGGCGGUGGGAGCGGCUACAGGGAGAGGACGAUCGAGGAGGACAGCAGGGACGAUGAGAGACGCGAUGAGGAGCAGGGAGAGGAGAAAGAAGAGGAGGACAGAGGACGUGCACGCAGUCGCGGGAUGAGGUGAAGCGAUGAGGGGGAGGCCAGCAAGCAGCUCCGCUCCCGUGUAGCAUCGCACAAAAGACUGAUUGCAUCGCAACUGCAUUUCAUACAAUCUGCUCUUCGCCGGAGAGAACAUUCAGC